AUGCUUAAUUUACCUCACUUAGUUGAAAUAUUGCUGGUUUUUAUAGAUCUGCCAAAAGACAAUGGAGGAGCAGCAAUAAAUACGUAUGUUGUGGAAAUGUCUGAAGGCUUAAAUGGAAACAAAUGGGACACAAUAUAUAGUGGAGCUGCUAGGGAACAUGUGUGUGACCGGCUAAAUCCUGGCUGUUCCUAUCGCUUACGUGUAUAUUGUGUUGGGGAAGGUGGACAAAGCACGGCAUCUGAUUCUUUACUGGUGCAGACACCAGCAGUGGUUCCUGGUCCAUGCCAGCCUCCAAGGCUACAGGGGAGACCCAGAGCAAGAGAAGUUCAGCUGCGCUGGGGACCACCUCAGGUAGAUGGUGGCUCACCCAUUACCUGUUACGGUCUGGAAAUGUUUCAGACAGAAACCGAUGAGCACAGAGAGGUUUACCAAGGCUCUGAUGUUGAAUGCACAGUAGGCAGCCUUCUUCCAGGGAGGACAUACAACUUCAGACUGCGAGCAGCUAACAAGGCUGGGUUUGGACCUUAUUCGGAAAAAUGUGAAAUAACUACAGCACCUGGACCACCAGAUCAGUGCAAGCCCCCUCAAGUGGCAUGCAGGUCGGCUGCAUGUGCUCAGGUGUCGUGGGAGGUUCCAGUGAGUAAUGGAGCUGAUGUCACAGAGUAUCGACUGGAGUGGGGUGGUGUGGAAGGAUGCAUGCAGAUCUCCUAUUGUGGGCCUGGGCUCAACUGUGAAAUGAAAGGGCUUUUGCCUGCCACUAUAUACUAUUGCAGAGUUCAGGCAGUGAAUGUUGCAGGUGCAGGCCCUUUCAGUGAAGUAGUGGCAUGUAUGACUCCAGCCUCUGUACCUGCAGUUGUGACUUGUCUUCGGGGACUAAGUGAAGAUGAAGUUGAAAGUCCACACUAUUCUCCUUCCACAUGCCUUGCUAUAAGCUGGGAAAAACCUUGUGACCAUGGAUCUGAAAUCCUUGGCUACAGCAUAGACUUUGGAGACAAGCAGCCGAUAACUGUUGGGAAGGUUCUCAGCUAUUUUAUAGAUGGCCUACAGCCAGAUACUACCUACAGAGUACGAAUUCAAGCCCUAAACAGUCUCGGAGCAGGUCCUUUCAGCCACACCAUAAAACUGAAAACAAAGCCUCUCCCUCCGGAUCCACCUCGCCUGGAAUGUGCUGCAUACAGUUCUCAGACUCUCAAGCUGAAGUGGGGAGAGGGAACUGCAAAAGCAUUAACUGACUCCAUUCAGUACCACCUUCAAAUGGAGGAUAAGAAUGGAAGGUUUGUAUCCUUAUACAGAGGACCAUGUCAUACAUACAAAGUACAAAGACUCAGUGAGUCAACAUCAUACAAAUUUUGUAUUCAGGCAUGUAAUGAAGCUGGUGAAGGUCCCCUUUCCCAAGAAUAUGUUUUCACUACUCCUAAAUCUGUUCCAGCUGCCUUGAAAGCACCGAGGAUAGAGAGAGUAAACGAUCACACUUGUGAAAUCACGUGGGAGGUUCUGCAGCCCAUGAAGGGUGAUCCAAUUAUCUACUGUCUUCAGGUCAUGGUGGGAAAAGACUCGGAGUUCAAACAGAUUUAUAAGGGUCCGGACUGGUCGUUCCGAUACACAGGCCUGCAGCCGAACUGCGAAUAUCGUUUCCGCGCAUGUGCCAUCCGACAGUGCCAAGAGACAGUCAGUCAUCAGGACCUGAUUGGCCCCUACAGCACACCAGUGCUAUUCAUCUCUCAGAGGACUGAACCACCGGCAAGCACCAACAAGGACAGUGUGCAAACCACAAGGACACAAUGGUCACAGAGCGACCAAGUGUGUGCUGCUGUCAUCCUUGCACUUUUUGCUAUCUUUUCCAUUCUGAUUGCUGUUAUAAUUCAGUACUUUGUAAUAAAGUGAAGAAAA